UCUACAGGUGACUGGUUUUUCCAUUUUCAAAUAUGUGGAGGUGCUUACUCUUGGCAGCUGCACUUAUGGCAGUGUCUGCAGAUCCUUUAAUAUAUUUUCGAGAACAGUUUGAGGAUGGAGAUGAAUGGCAGAAGAGGUGGAUUGAAUCAAAAAACAAAACGGAUUAUGGUAAAUUUCAGUUGUCUGCAGGCAAACUUUAUGGUGAUCCAGAAAAGGAUAAAGGUCUGCAGACAAGCCAGAAUGGGACAUUUUAUGCUAUCUCUGCAAAAUUUGAGCAAUUCAGUAAUGAGGGACAGACAUUGGUAAUUCAGUACACUGUACAACAUGAGCAAGGAAUUGAUUGUGGUGGAGGUUAUGUAAAAUUAUUUCCCUCGGAUAUGAACCAGGAGCAAUUGAAUAGUGAAUCCCAGUACUACAUCAUGUUUGGACCUGAUAUCUGUGGUACCAUACAUGAGAAAGUCCAUGUUAUCUUCAACUACAAGGGGGAAAACCACUUAAUCAAAAAGAACAUAACUUGCAAGCAUGAUGAACUGACUCAUUUAUAUACACUAAUUAUUCGUCCCAACAAUACAUAUGAAGUAAAGAUUGAUAACGAAAAUGUUGAAAAUGGGACAUUGGAAGAUGACUGGGACUUCCUUCCACCCCGCAAAAUAAAAGACCCAAAUGCAACCAAACCAUUAGACUGGGAUGAACGGGAGCAGAUUGAGGAUCCCAAUGAAAUGAAGCCAGAGGAUUGGGAUGAGACAGAAUACAUUUCAGACCCAGAGUCACAUAUACCGAAUGACUGGGAUUCCACCAUGGAUGGGGAAUGGGAACCUCCAAUGAUCCAAAAUCCAAAAUACAAGGGAAUCUGGAAACCAAAAAUCAUAGACAAUCCCAACUUUCAAGGUGAGUGGAUUCAUCCUGAGACUGAUAACCCGGAUUAUGUGCCAGACCCAAACAUCUAUAGAUAUCACAGUAUUGGCAUUAUUGGACUGGACUUGUGGCAGGUAAAAUCAGGCACAAUCUUUGAUAAUUUCCUUAUAACAAAUAAUGAAACAUUCGCUGAGCAGAUUGGAAAUGAGACAUGGGGCAUUACAAAGGAUCCAGAAAUGAAGAUGAAAGAAAAACUGGAUGCAGAAAAAGAGGCAAAGGAGGCACAAGAGGAAAAGGAGGGGAAAGCACCAAAGUGGAAAGGUUUGCUAAAAAAUAUAGAAAAAAUGGGAAAACUCAAAAAAGAUAAUAAAGCAGAAAUACCCAAAAUAAAACAAGAACCUCAACAUGCAGAAAAAGCAACAGAAAACAAUAUACAACCAGAAGCUGAAACAAAGGAGGAAGCCAAUGCAGCAGCUAAGGAGGAAGCCAAUACAGCAGCUAAGGAUGAAUUAUAAUAUGUUGUAGCAAGUUCACAAAUGCACUUGAAGUUGGAUUUAUAUCUUGAUAAAUAACCACUAUAUAUUUCCAUUGGACAAUGUACAGUGGCCUUAGAAAAAAACUAAUACAGACUUUAAUAUUUAUAUAUUUAGCUUUACUUCUUGGAGUAAGAGCAUAGGCAUAAACAAAGAAUAAAUUAACUGGAUCCUGUAGAACUGGAACAGGUGGAGUUUUAUUUGAUUACACCAUGUACAGAGGCAGUUAACUCAAUUUUACCAGUAAGCUAAUGAUCCAUUUUUUGUAUUUUAAGACUUUUUUAAUUUAAGUAAUUAUGCAAUUAUUUAUUAAAACCAUAUAUGUCCAUUUUUUGUAAUUACCAUAGCAAUCUCGCAAUUCACACACACAUACACAAAAAUAAUAUAAUUAAUCCUGCAUUCACUUUUACUCAUGCAUUCCCCUGCAGGGAAAUGUUAAAUGCAGGUCUAGAACUUCUACUUGUGUUCAACGGUAUCCUUUAGCACAUUGAAUAAAAUCUUGGGAGACUAGGCUAUGUACAGUAUAUGCCUGUGUUCCCCUACAUGUAAGAUCCAGCACAGGGGGGUAUGUAUGAGCCCUUUAUUUACCACAUGAAAUAUUCAUAAGUUUUGUGAAGUUGAAAAUAGACCCUAAUCAUUUACUUGGCUGGUUAGGACUGGAUGGCAGGGGCCUAAGCAGGCUUAUACAAUUAGUACCUAGUCAAGAUGUAAACCGUCCUAAUGAAAAAUUCACUGUGAACUAAUUUUUAUUGGGAUAGCUUUGGGAAUAAACACUAUAUAAACAAACUGACAAUAUCUGUUUAUGUGUGUGUGCCCAUUUAUACUCACAUAAGGCAUUAACGAUUUAUAACAAUAAUCAUUUUUAAAACCAAUAAAAUAGUUUUUUGUUUUUUUUCGUUUUCCUUGCUAAAUCCAAAAUAAAAAAGUGAUUACUGUAUCUAUGUGCUGCAGUUAUAGCUAAGUAAACAUCCUACCAUUUUUCAUGAAAGUAUGACAACCAGUAUCUGUUAAUUGUAUUUAACUGGUUGCUGUAAUGAGCAAUAGUGAGGCAAUCCUCACUUGAAUGAGCAAAUGCACAUAACAACUUCCAGGGUACAGUAACCUUCAGAUAUGUUUUUCCUGAACCAAUGAAUUUUAAUUGUAAUGUUAAUUCUAUUUCCUUGAAUUAUUUCCUUGAAAACCUGGCCUCAAGCCUAGGAUUGUACCUAAUUAUCAUAUGACAUUUAAUUAUCACAUAACUGAAAAUUUACAAUAUUUUUGUGAUUUUAAUAAUUUGCAUAUGCAAGUCAUCUUAUGAUUCCUGCCUAGAUCAUAUAAAAAGCACUCUGAGACCUAGUAAUUGUUAUUCACACCAACAUGAGCCUGUCAUCUACCUCAAGUCCAAAGUAGUCUUUACUUUUUUAAUAUUUGCCCUCUUAAUAUUUUUAAUAUUUGCCUCUAUCCUGCUUUGAAAUGGUAUCGAUGACCCCAGCAGCUAAAAACCUAUUGUUCUUGAGGCUUACAAUUUUAUUUUAUCAUUAAUUUUUAUCACUUAUCGUUCUAUACAUCUUCAAUAUCUGCAGAUGUGUCACCUUGUGUCUCAUUCCCUUCCCUUUUAGAUUGUUAGCUCUCUUGCACUGGU